AUGUUGCUUAGCAAGACCACCGUGGCUUCAUUGGAUAACUAUGACCAAAGUGAUAGUUACGAGCCUAGGCCUAUUCGUUCAGCUCAUUCAAGGGAUCAAAAUAAGGACCAAUUCUUAAAUCAUCAAUCAUGCCAUGAGGAGACUCCAACACAGCAUAGCCUGUUGAAUAGAUCCCUGAACAAUCCAUUGCAAACAUCUUCACGUGGGAACGAGUCCUGGAAGAUCAAUCCAAGGUAUUUUAGCUCGGUUCAGAUUUCGAGGUUGGCCUGUUUGAAGAUUCUCGCUCAUGCGGUGAGGGGAGGAGCAAUUGAGAUAAUGGGGACCCUUAUUGGAGCCACUAUUGGUAAUCAAUUCAUUGUCUUUGACUGUUUUGAAUUACCUGUAGAAGGAACAGAGACGAGAGUAAAUGCCCAGAGUGAGUCUUACGAAUACAUGGUUCAAUAUAUGAGUGAGAUGGUAUCGGCCCCGCACACAGUUGUAGGAUGGUACCAUUCACAUCCCGGUUACGACUGUUGGCUAAGCAAUAUUGAUAUGCAUACUCAAGAUUUGAAUCAGAAAUAUCAAGACCCCUACUUGGGAAUCGUGGUAGAUCCGGUUAAGAGUUUGAAGGAAAACAGAUUAGCUAUCGGCGCCUUCCGUACUAUGCCCAGCGAAAGUGCUCAUGAUGGCGAAGACUCAUUGCAAUUUUAUGAGCUGAAAUUGUUCCCCUUCCAAUCAGAGCUGGAUGACGUUUUCGAUCCUUUAAAAAUAAGCUUUAACCUAAGUUGUCCCGCUUCUAUGGACGACUCGGUCAAUAUGGGGAAACUGGUUGACAUUAUGCGGCAGUGGAAUUCAUUCUAUCAGACACAGCAUGAGACACCAGCCAAUAGAAGAGACCAACUGACCCUGUCGAACCUUAUAAAGAAAUUCAAGGAAGAAGAACAAGACAUUGAACAGAAUUCUCAACGGCUUAGUAUGUAUAGCAGGCGGACUCAUUCAAAUUCACUUGUUAGCGUGUCUACCUCUGGUGAACCAGACAGUGACGUCGAUAUGAAUGAACGGCAUCCAGAGGACGCGGAGAGCCUCAACAGUAGUUCCCACACAAUGACGGAAUCUUUGACACCGCUUAGGCGCCAAAACCUCUCUUUAGGUUCGGCUCUCAGGCGACCUUGGCCUCAUACAUUGGAGAUGAGCUUUAGACGACAUAAUGAAAACCCGGUUGGCAUGGUCAAUGGACCGGAUGCCUUGCAACGUAAUGCACUGUUGCUCGAUUAUGAUAGUCAAAAGAAGGAAAUACUUCGUGCCAAAAUAAAGGAGUACAGGAGACUACGAUAUUACCGGGAUGCUUUCACUUUAUAG